AUGGGGAAAAAACGCAAGCGACCCGUCAAGGACCGUGGUCCCACGCCCUCGUCUCACCUCGGUAUCACCACAGGUACCCGCCGUUUCAGAAUCUCAGCCCCAAACUCCAGAGAAAUCAGCCAUCCUGUGAUUUCCCUGUACUACCAGCAAGUCUUGACGCUAAGAGACUACCUACUCCACCAACUUCCCCUAACAUCCAAGUCGCGUCGGCGUCGCAUAUGGUCCCUAGGUUCGCCAUCUGAUACACACCCCCAAUCCUCGGCAUUGGCACAGCUCCUCGACUCCACUUUGGUCGGGGUGCUCAAGAACUCAUCUCCGAGCCUCAUCACCGAACGACAAAAGGAAUAUUUGUCCUUCAAUGAGUCGCAGUCGCGCUCCCUGCUCGUGAGCACCGACACGGGGCCGACUUGCCCGCAGUCGGAGGUGGUUGACUUCGUGAUCUGGAAAUUGUUCAAUCAAACCGGUUAUGGGAAGCCUCAGAAUUUGCUUGCAAAUGGCUUCCAGCGUCCGUCGGUAGGGCUCCAAGCCCAGGAUACAGAAAUCCCGGGCGUUGUAAGCCGCUUCCCCAAUCACAGUGUCGCAACUCUCAAGGGAAACCCUUGGACGGAAGUGCUUGGUUUGCUCGGCAUCAAUGGAGAAGACAUCAUGAUGCGCCUUCUCUUCGAUUGCGGCGUGUUUGCUCCGAUAAACGCCCAAAAAGGGGUCUACUAUCAGCUGAGUGGUCUGCCACUUCCGGACCUCGAAGUCCUGAGCAAUGCGUCGAACCUCCAUGUAUCUGCCAAGCCUCAGAACACCGCUCCUAUUACCGAUCCGAAAAGCCUCAUCGAGAAGCAAUGCCAUCCGAAACCCGCCAACCAUCACGGCCCAAAUAGUAUUGUGUUCCUCCGUCGGCGGAUCCUUUACGGGCGCAUCGAGUCUAAAAGAGAAAUGCCCUAUGUCUUCAACCGCUUCUCGUCACUUGAUUCACAGGCUCAAACCGUUCAUGUGAUGAAGUACAUGUUUCCCCGGCAAUUCGGCUUGCAUAAUGUGUUUAUGCCGCAAUCCGAUGGUCGCAACAGCACGAUCAUUUUCAAAAGCGGGAUAUUUCGAGAGAAGGAAAUCUCUCAGCUAGACUACAAGAGGCAACUUCGACAGCCCCGGCCUGAGAAUGAAUCUGCAGAUGCAGAUGCAGGUGGUGGCGUUGGAAGUCUCAAAGUCCCCAAAAGACUUCGUGGUAUGGUCGAAACCGUCCGGAAGUUACGGAAUCGCAAUGCGCAGUGUUCCUAUAGUGAAUUAUUGCGAUAUUAUUGUCCGACUGAGAAAAGCGGUCCGGCGAAACUUGGCGCAUUCGCUCUGACGCCCGAAAAAAGCCAGCCUAUCUCGUCUCUCGAGUCAAAAUUAGUAACACAGGUGCAGAGGACCCCGGAAGACGACGCUCCCCAUAUUAGCCCCGUGACAUUGGAGCCGCACCAAGCCUUGGGGGCAUCUUGUGGAGCUGAGCAAUCGAGUCGACAUGCCCCAGUCGGUUUGAUCGAUUAUGCGACGCCGCCAUCCUCAGUGUCGGCGUUUUGUCGGGCGGUCUUUCAAAAAUUGAUUUCCCGACAGUUGUUGGGGGAUGGGCCGGAGGGCACUUCGAACUAUAAAGUUGUGAUGCGCCAUAUUGAUCGGUUUAUCAAAAUGCGCCGAUUCGAGAGUAUGAGUCUGCAUGAGGUUUGCAAAGGUGUCAAGAUUACCUGUAUUGCUUGGCUGGAGCCACCCCAGACCCAGACUUCACGAUCUGAGACACGAUCGAAGAUCGCUCUAUCUGACUUGCGUAAACGCACCGAAUUGCUUCAUGAAUUCAUUUAUUGGAUUUUUGAAUCGCUCAUCAUUCCAUUGAUUCGCUCAACUUUCUAUGUCACCGAGUCUCAGACACAUCGAAACCGGCUCUUUUACUUCCGUCACGAUGUAUGGCAACAGUUAAUCGAGCAGCCGUUCGGUAAAUUGAAGGCUACAAUGUUUGAGGAGCUCGAGCCAGAACGUGCCAAACGGGUUUUGGCACGGAAGUCUCUCGGGUAUGGUGCCCUCCGUUUGCUCCCCAAAUCUACGGGCAUCCGGCCCAUCUUAAAUCUGCGCAAACGAGUGCCGAAGGAAUCGACAUGGGGGAAGAACCAGACGUUCCUUGCUCCCAGCAUCAACACAAGUAUCACCCCCAUUUACAAUAUGUUGACCUACGAACGGCUGCGAGCUCCUGCCAAAUUAGGAUCCACCUUGCUGUCCGUUGGAGAUAUUCACUACCGCUUGAAGACAUUCAAGGAACAGCUGUCUGGUCAACUCAAACCAGGUCCCCAGUCCCAGCAACCCAAGUUUCCACCGCUGUACUUUGUAAAGCUUGACAUACAGGCUUGCUUUGAUACCAUCCCACAGGCGAAACUACUCAAUCUCAUCGCAGAUUUGGUCUCUGGGGAGAAUUACCGCAUGUCGAGACACGUGGAAUUCCAACCACCUCUUACCAAGAUGCAAAACGCGAAACCUACACGAAGAUUCUUAUCCCGUGCUGCACUCGCAGAUAAUCCACAACACCUACCGGACUUUGUCAAGAGCGGGCCUUCUCGACGAAAGGCCAAUGCCGUUUUCGUGGACUUGCAUGGGCAGAAAGAUGAGAAUGUUGAGGGUCUAAUGGCCCUUCUCGACGAGCACGUCCGCAGUAAUCUCGUGCAGAUGGGCAAGAAAUUCUUCCGUCAGCGCAACGGCAUUCCCCAGGGCUCUGUCUUGUCCAGCAUACUCUGUAACUUCUUCUACGCGGAGCUGGAGCGAAACGUGUUGGGAUUCAUCGACCCCAAGAACUCUCUCCUCCUCAGACUCGUGGAUGACUUCUUGCUCAUCACGCCCAAACGAGACGUGGCAAUGCGCUUUGUAGAAGUCAUGAUUGGUGGCCAACCAUCAUAUGGGGUCCGAGUCAACCCGGCAAAAAGCAUGGCCAACUUCAGCGCAGCAGUUGAUGGCAUAUUCCUCCCACGGCUUGAGGGUUCCAACCUAUUUCCUUACUGUGGCACCCUCAUCUCUACACACACUCUUGAGCUCCACCGCGACCAAGACCGCCAGCUGGAAAGCGGCGAAACGGCCGCUGCAACAAUCUCCAACACCCUGACAGUUGAAGCAACUCGCUUUCCCGGGCGCACCUUUAACCGCAAAGUUCUUUCAACCUUCCGCCUACAGCUGCACUCAAUGUAUAUUGACGACGGCCACAAUUCUCGCAUGGUUGUGCUGGAGAAUCUAUACGCCAGCUUCAUGACCUCCGCCAUGAAAAUGUAUCGGUACAUGAAGUCACUACGGGGACGUGCGCACCCCAGUCCCGCGAUCGUCACGCAGACAAUCCGCGACCUGGUGGAGUUGGCAGCCAAUUCUAUCCAAGGGCGGCGGGUCGACAAAGACAGCUCAUUCUCAUGUUUUGUCCAAGUUUCUCAGUUGAAGUUCCUGGCUGCGGCCGCUUUCCGAUUCGUCCUGAAGCGGAAACAAACGAAGUAUGUGACCGAGCUGCGUUGGCUGGGCUCGUUGGCUCGCGAGGCUCGACCCACUUCAGAUUCCGCAACACUGAGAAUGACACAUGUGGUGAAGAAGGGCAAUGCGAUGUUUGAGACAUGGCGAUUUUGA